GCACUCCGAGUCAGCUUCUCCAGAGCGCAAGACGGGACUGACAGUCACCGCGAGCUCAGCGCAACCCGCAAGCUGAGUUUGCAGGACGCGCCCCCACCACACCCACCCCACGGCGGCUGAAUGAGGCUUCCAGGCGCCCGCUCGCUGUCCGCAGCGCCCCGCGGGAGGUCAGUCCGCUGAGGCGCGGCCAGGAGCCCGCUGUCGGCGCGCUCACCUGCCAGCCUGCGCACCAUGGGGCAGCCGGGGAACCACAGCCUCCCCUUGCUGACGCUCAACCACAGCAACGCGACGGACCAAAAUGUCACGCAGGAACGGGACGAGGCGUGGGUGGUGGGCAUGGGCAUUCUCAUGUCGCUCAUCGUCCUGGCCAUCGUGUUUGGAAACGUGCUGGUCAUCACAGCCAUCGCCAAGUUCGAGCGUCUGCAGACGGUCACCAACUACUUCAUCACCUCCCUAGCCUGUGCUGACCUGGUCAUGGGCCUGGCGGUGGUACCUUUUGGGGCCUGCCACAUCCUCAUGAAAAUGUGGACUUUUGGCAACUUCUGGUGCGAGUUUUGGACUUCCAUUGACGUGUUGUGCGUCACGGCCAGCAUCGAGACCCUGUGCGUCAUCGCCGUGGAUCGUUACUUUGCCAUCACAUCACCCUUCAAGUACCAGAGCCUGUUGACCAAGAAUAAGGCUCGAGUGGUCAUCUUGAUGGUGUGGAUCGUAUCGGGCCUUACCUCCUUCUUACCCAUCCAGAUGCACUGGUACCGGGCCACCCACAAGGAAGCCACCGACUGCUACCACAGGGAGACCUGCUGUGACUUCUUCACGAACCAGGCCUAUGCCAUUGCUUCCUCUAUCGUGUCCUUCUACUUGCCCCUGGUGGUCAUGGUCUUCGUGUACUCCAGGGUCUUCCAGGUGGCCAAAAGGCAGCUCCAGAAGAUCGACAGAUCGGAGGGCCGCUUCCAUGCCCAAAACCUCAGCCAAGUGGAGCAGGAUGGACGGAGCGGGCAUGGACACCGCAGGGCCUCCAAGUUCUGCUUGAAGGAGCACAAAGCCCUCAAGACUUUGGGCAUCAUCAUGGGCACUUUCACCCUGUGCUGGCUGCCCUUCUUCAUCGUCAACAUCGUGCACGUGAUCCAGGACAACCUCAUCCGCAAGGAAGUUUACAUCCUCCUGAACUGGGUGGGCUACGUCAACUCGGCGUUCAAUCCCCUCAUCUACUGUCGCAGCCCGGAUUUCAGGAUUGCCUUCCAGGAGCUUCUGUGCCUGCGCAGGUCUUCUCUCAAGGACUGUGGGAAUGGCUACUCCAACAACAGCAACGGCCGAACUGACUUCACCGGAGAGCAGGGCGGAUACCACCUGGGGCAGGAGAAAGACUGCAGACUGCUUUGUGAGGACCCCCGGGGCACAGAAGACCUUGUGAGCCGGCAAGGUACUGUGCCUAGUGAUAGCAUUGAUUCCCAAGGGAGGAACUGUAGUACAAAUGACUCGCUGCUCUAGUGCGACUUUGCUACUUUCUAAGACUCCCCCUCCCAGCCAAACACUAAACAGACUAUUUAACUUGAGUGUAAUAAAUUUAGAAUAAACUUGUAUAGAGGUAUGCAGGAGGAAAGACCCCCUUCUGCCCGUUUUUUUAUUUUUUUAAGCUGUAAAAAAGAGAAAAUGUAUUUGAGUGAUUACUUGUUUCUUGUAUAGUUCAGUUCCUCUCUGCAUGGGACUUGUAAGUUUAUGUCUGAAGGGCUUCAGUCCCAGAGGACCUGGAGCUGCUGUGUUGUGAUGACUUUUCCGUGUAUCUACCUCAUUGGUCAAGUAUUAGGAGUAAUAUAAUGCUGCUGGUAAUUUGUAUCUGAAGGAGGCGUUCCUUCCUGCAUCCUUGGACUCAAGGGUCUCGAGUAUCUUGGACCUUUCUGCUGUGAACACGGACUCUCCCCGCUCCUCUUAUUUGCUCAACUGGGGUGUUGUAGGCAGGGAUUUGAGGGGCAGCUUCAGUUGUUUUCCUGAGCAAAGUCUAAGGUUUACAGUAAAUAAAUUGUUUGACCAUG